AUGAAUAGUCUUGAAAAUUUAAAUUUACAACAAUUAGUUGCACUACAUCCGUUAUUAACUGAAGAAGAAAAAGAUCGCUCAGUAAUACUGAUAACCGGGAAACAAUAUAUCGUACAAAAUCGACACUUACGAACAUAUCCUGAUACUGUUCUUGGCAAUGAUGAACGACGUAACAAAUAUUAUGAUAAAGAACUUCAAGCUUAUCGUUUUAAUCGGCAUCCAUCGAUAUUUGAAGCUAUUCUAUAUUAUUAUACCAGCCCCGGCAUGCUCAUUCGUCCACCGCAUAUUGAACCAGAAAUAUUUUAUGAAGAAGUGAAAUUUUUUGGUAUAUCGGAUAAAUUAUUAGAAACAUUUAUCGAAGUAGAUAUGGUGCCAUUAAAAGAAGUUCGUCUCUUACCUAACACACGUUUGACAGCAUGGUUAUGGCUAGCAUUGACAUAUCCUGAAGACACAACAUAUGGAAAGGUUGUCUCGUGGCUCUGUAUAUCAAUGACAACAUCAUCAAUGUAUCCAUUUCUUUUCGAAAUUUUACCAACAGUUACUGAACAACGAAAUAUAAUACACAUAUUGGGAUUAGAUUUAAAUAAAAGGUUGUUUUUACCUAUUAUACCUUAUCAUGCGUAUUUAAUUGAGAUUUCCUGUACAGUUUGGUUUUCAUUUGAAUUGAUUCUUCGCGUAAUAACAACACCUACAUUGUCUACAUUAAAAUUUGAUCCAUUAAAUUAUAUUGACAUAAUAACGACUGUAUCAUCGGCAUUUUCUCUGAUCGCAUAUCAUUUACAUAAUACAUCAACACUUUCGAACAUGUUUUCGAUCUAUGGUUGGAUACUGAUAAUGAAAUCAUUUCGAAUUUACCGUCUAGCUCGACAAAUGUCACAUCUGAGAUUAUUAUAUAACGCUAUUUCUCUAUGUUUGAAUGAAGUAGUGACAUUAUUCGUACUAGUUACAUUCUGCAUGUUAUUAUUUGGUACAGCACUGUACAUUUGUGAUAAUUCUAAUUCUGAAUCAAACACAAAAAAUAUUCUUGAUGGAAUGUGGUUAGCUCUGAUAACAUUAACAACAUUGGGAUACGGCGACAUAUUUCCAAGAUCAUUAGAAGCACGAAUUGUAGCUGUGGUGUGUGGUUUAUGUGGUAUAAUUGUUUUUGGAAUGCCAGUGUCAAAUGUUUUUCUAAGGUACGCUUCACUUCUACACAACAGAUGGAAGAGAAACCGAAAUGUUCGUUACGUUCAACUAUGA